AUGGAGAAACCAAGCAAGCAGAAUUACCUGCCCAGCAACGGCGAGUCAAAAGAGAGGAGCCCAAUCCAGCAGUUUUUGACGACAGAAACAGGCCCAUCCUUUACCAAGUCAAGCCGAGCAACGAUAUCCGAAUUAUUUGCGAAGCUCAUGACAGAGAGCCCAAGCGACAUUGACAAACCAAAACAUGAUGAAUCUUACAAGUUUUGGAAGACACAGCCGGUGCCACAAUUCAACGAGAACGGGGAAAGUAAGGGAGGGCCUAUCAAAGUCGUCAAUCAAGACGAAGUACCCAAAGAACCCUACCCACUACUGGAUGGCUUCGAGUGGGGAACAAUCGACCCAGAGAAUGAGAAGGAGGUAGGCGAAUUGUAUGAAUUGCUGUCAAACCAUUACGUUGAGGAUGAUGAUUCAUCCUUCCGACUCAACUACUCACCAGUAUUUCUGAGAUGGUCAGUCAAUUCUUUCCUCAUCAAGGUCUUCUUCCAUCAUACUCAUCAAAUGACGCGCAGGGCCUUGACAGCUCCAGGCUGGCAAAAGCAAUGGAAUAUCGCCGUCCGCGCUUCUGCUUCUCAAAAACUAGUCGCUUUCAUCACCGGUGUAUCGACCAACAUCAAUGUUUAUGCCCAAGCGAUCAAAGUAAUCGAAAUCAACUUUCUGUGUAUUCACAAAAAGCUUCGCUCAAAACGUCUGACGCCACUCUUGAUAAAAGAAAUCACCCGACGCUGCUACCUCCAAGGCAUCUACCAGGCCAUCUAUACCGCUGCGGCAAUCUUACCUACCCCGCUGCCAGCGAAUUCCACCAAAGCCCGGCAGAUCGCAAAGUAUCAUCUGCCAAGCAUUACUCUAACACCUGGUCUGCGCCUCAUGCAAGCGGAUGACCUGGACGCCGUCCAUGAACUGCUGGAGUGGUAUCAGCAGCGAUUCGACAUCGGACCAGCGUUCAGCAUAGAUGAGCUAAGGCAUUGGUUGUUGGAAGCCCAGACGAAAGCUAGCAACCGGGUGGUAUGGGCAUAUGUUGUUGAAGAUUUGGAAACCCGGAAGAUUACCGAUUUAGUCUCCUUCUACUGCAUCGAUUCUGCGGUGCUUUCGCACUCCCGUGACGUGAUUCGAACAGCUUAUCUGUAUUACUAUGCGACGGAAAACACUGAGAAUCUCCAGGAGCGUUUGCAGGGUCUCAUUAACGAUGCACUUAUCUUGGCGAAAAAGGCUGGGCUCGAUGUUUUUAAUGCACUUCAUCUUCAAGAUAAUGAGCUAUUCCUUGAAAAGCUUCGCUUCGGCCGUGGCGAUGGCCAGCUUCAUUACUACCUCUUCAAUUACCUGGGUAGAUCCGGUGGUCAAUGA